AUGGAUAUCGCCCCCAGCGACGUCGAAAUGGCCCCCGACGACGUCCCCGAGGACCUUGCCUCGGCGGAGUCGGCGUCCGAAGAGGGCUCGUCGUCGCCACCCCCCUCCUCGUCGCCAGCGCACCACUCCCCCAUCCCUAUCGACGACGUUGACACACCCCUCCCCGUCGACCUUCUGGUCCCCGAAAACGCUGUUGAUGAUGCCGUCUCCUCAAACGAGGCCCCUGUAGCCGGGGAGAGCACAAAGGGUAAAAAGUCGAAGCCAUCAUCCAACGUAGCCGCAGCGGGUCCCAGCGCUAAACCCAAGUCCUCCAAAUCCGCCGCUCCUCGUGCCUCUUCUCCGUCGCCACCUCCGCCGCCGGCCCGUCGUCCGCUCGAAACUAUCCGUCUGGACAUUCAACUCGGAGGACCUGAAGACUAUGAGGUCAACGUGUCCGAGUUGGCAAAGGCGACAGGACAGCGCCAGGCUACGCCUGUUCCAGAAGUGAAGAUCCCUGGAGAUUCUUCCGACGAGAGUGACGGGGACGAUGAGCCUGGCGAUGACAAAGUUAAGCUCGGCGACAAAGUCAAGACUGACGAGAAGGAGACCCUCACAGCUAAGAAACGCAAGCGACGACAUCAUGCGUCGGAGUACUAUGACACAGCGGACCCUUUCAUCGACGACUCCGAGCUUGCCCAAGAUGAGCGUACAUUCUUCGCACAAACUAAGCAGAAGGGCUUCUACGUUUCAAGCGGCCAGGUAGCACUAUUGAACAAAGCGCCUCAACGAAAGCCGAAGUCCAAGAAGGUCAACAUCCUCGCGCCCUCUGCCUCCGUGACUGCCGCUCUUUCCACGGCGACACUCCCCCUUCCUGCUCUCUCGGCCUCCGCCGGUCCAUCAAACGGCUCAGUAUCGGCCAAAGCAAGACUGAAAGUCGAAGACGGAACCGCCGACGCGCCGAUUGCUCUACUUUCUGAUGCCGAGGACGCGACAGGGAAGCUGAAGAGGAAGAUGAGCGAGACGCAGAGUGUGGCGAGUAGUGGAGGUGAUGGGAGCGUGAAGAAGCGGAGGAAGACGGUCGAGAUUCAACCCUUCCACCCCGACCUCGAGGCAGCCAUCGAUGUUCUCAAGGAGGCGAUCGCGAAGGAGAACUGGGAGACGAAGGGCAAGUUCCCGCCGUCGCUUAAACCGGUCCUUGCACAAGUCGCUCUCAAGGCGGUUAUCCUCGGGGAGUACGACGACAACUUCUUCAACCUCAUGCCACGAUUGUUCCCGUACAACAAGUUCACCAUGACGAAACUAGUCAAGCGCACAAUAUGGCGAGACCACACGAACUUGCUGGUCGACCGCCAGAAUUCGCUUAUCGAGGAGCUUCGCGUGCUCGCGGACGAGGGCUUCCCAAAAGCGAAGGAGGAGUGGGAGAAGAGUGUCGUACAGUGGGAGAAGCGGCAGGAACGUGCAAAGGCCGAGCCUUCGGGAGAACCUGUGCCUGGCGUUGCACAUUCGACAGAGGGAUCUCCCGUGGUCAGCGACCAGGCGACGCCUGGUAUUGGCACAGCACCUCUCGAGGCGCGCCCUUCACUGGACGACGGUGCGGACCAUGAGGACGGUGGUGCGCCGGGGAAGGGCAAAGACUCGCACCCACCGGCGAAGCGGUAUCGCUUGACGGACCAGAUGAAGCAGAUCAUCUGGCAGCUCGUUUGCCUAAGCAACGAGUGCUGUAGGAUCGAGAACGAGAAGAACCAACUCGAGAACUCGAACCAAAUCGUGAGCGACCAGGGUGUGAGGAAGAACUUGUACCAGAGGAUCGUCGGUGCCUUCCCGGACGGCUGGCUAUCGUCGGGCCAGAUCUCUCGAGAAGUGAGCGUCAUGAAGAAGAAGUACGAGAAGGAGUCGAUGGAGAACGAGUGA